CCCCCACUUCCGACGGGGGAGUACGAGGUGUUUCUGAGCUUCAGAGGUGGAGACACGCGUCAUCAGAUCGCCGAGUUUCUUUCCCUUUUCCUAAAAAAUCGUGGCAUUCGUGCAUUCAUAGAUGAUAACCAUCAGUACCACGGGGACGAGAUAGGCCCUAGCCUCGCUAAGUCCAUUGAACAGUCCAAGAUCUACAUCCCGAUACUUUCUGAGAACUAUGCGAAUAGCAAAUGGUGCCUUAAAGAGCUUGCCAAAAUGGUCGAGUGUCAGGAGCGAGACCAAAGGCACGUCAUAUAUGAUAUCCCAUUUUCUACAUGGUGGAACCUACGGAUGUGA